AUGAGCAGUGAAAUAUCAUUAAGGACUCCUCCAACAACUUCUCACAUUGGGUUUGAGGCUACACCAUCUCCAAGUUCUGUCCUUUCAGAUGAUAUCUUUUUGCGACAACGAUUAUCAUCAUCACCUGUUCUAACCCCUAUCAAGCUUAAUUCCACAGAUAAGAAAGUUAAGAAGCAAUCACCACCUUCUCCACUCUCCAUCUCUUCCAGUUACUCUCUCUCAGCUGUAAAAUUACCACAAACUUCACCUCAAUCAUCUUCGGAAAGAUCGCACAGUUCACUCUCUGUGGGAUCGUCCCCUCUAUACAGCAUUGACAACAGUGGUAUCCUCAUUCAUCCACCACCAACACUUCAACCACUCCACCACCAUGAUAAAAACUCGACUAUUUCCAUCACAACUUGUAUGGAGUCUAGCUACAUCACAACGAAUACAUCCCCAUCAUCUUAUAAUCAAAAGGCACUGGCAAAGAAGGUCUCAUUUCAGAACAAUUCUUCAACUUCCUUUAUUCAAUCGAGAGUUGUAAUAUCAGAACCUUCCUCUGCCCUCUCUUCUCUGUCACAGUCACCAAGGGCAAUUUCUCCUCCUGCCAAGACACCUCUCAUUGCCAGAAAAAGCGAAUUGAAACAUUCAAGAAGUGCAGAGGCUCUAUUCUCCACAAGUAAUUCCAUUUGUAAUACUGGACCAACUUUGCCUCAUGUGAGAAAGCCUAUACUGAGAUCCUCAAGCUCAACAACAUUUGAUAUUUCCAUGACUGAGAAUGGGUUUCACACCAGUGCUGGCUCAACAAACAGCUCUAGCAGAUUCCUGUCACCUCCUGAACCUGAAUUUUUAAAGAGGAAGGAUUCGCGUAUCUCAUUCUCUACCACUAGGGCUGCAUCCUGUUCCAAAUUACCUGAGGUGGCACCUUGCAGACUUGUUAAUGCAUUUCAAAAAUUCACAGAGCACAGAAAAACCUUAAAGAAUAAUCCAACUUUUGAUAAUCACCUGUUUGAGUACGAAGAAACGCUUGGUCUUGACGAGUCAAUGAAAACAUCAACAAUGCAACUUAUGGCCGAGUAUAAGAAAAAGCAAGCAAGUGCAUCUCAAUUGGAUCUAAAAGCAGUCAAUAGAAAUAUAGGAAGAGAAUAUGCAAGAGGAAUGGAUCCAAAAUCAUUAGCAGCACUUUGUGAUCUGAAAAGAAACAAGAUGAAACUGGACAAUUUUUUGGAAGGAUUGUCCUCUGAUAUUGGUGCAGACAUGUCUAAAUCCAAAGUAGAGAAGAAUCUAACAAUGAUUAAGGAAUCUAUGGAUGCUGUCAUGAGUCAACAACAAGCAAAAAAGAAAAAGAAAUCAAAUAUUAAACAUUAA